GCGCUCCUUCCCUCCCCCCCCCACCUCGCGCCCGCGCCGCUCUCGCGCUCCCUUUCCCCCUCCCCCCCCCCCCGUCAGUGCGGUGGCUGCGCUGGGAAACAUGGCGUCGGAGGGGAUGAUUUUAACCAACCACGACCAUCAAAUCCGCGUCGGGGUCCUCACAGUGAGCGACAGUUGUUUUAGGAACCUUGCUGAAGAUCGCAGUGGGAUAAACCUUAAAGAUCUGGUCCAAGACCCAUCUUUGUUGGGUGGGACUAUAUCUGCAUACAAGAUAGUGCCAGACGAAAUUGAAGAAAUCAAGGAGACACUGAUAGACUGGUGUGAUGAAAAGGAACUUAACUUGAUUUUGACAACUGGAGGAACAGGGUUUGCACCACGAGACGUCACUCCAGAGAAAUUCCCAACAUUCCCAUUUUGUGGGCUCCAGAGAGGGGCCACUAAAGAAGUAAUAGAGCGAGAGGCCCCAGGGAUGGCCCUGGCAAUGCUGAUGGGAUCACUUAAUGUUACUCCUCUGGGCAUGCUCUCUAGACCUGUAUGUGGAAUCAGAGGAAAAACUCUCAUAAUUAACCUGCCAGGCAGCAAAAAAGGGUCACAGGAAUGUUUUCAGUUUAUACUGCCAGCUCUACCUCAUGCCAUUGACCUUUUGCGGGAUGCCAUUGUAAAAGUAAAGGAAGUACAUGACGAACUUGAAGACCUACCUUCACCGCCACCUCCUCUUUCUCCUCCUCCAACCACCAGCCCACACAAACAGACAGAAGACAAAGGUGUACAGUGCGAGGAAGAGGAGGAAGAGAAGAAGGAUAGUGGAGUUGCCUCAACAGAGGACAGUUCUUCUUCACAUAUAACUGCUGCAGCCAUUGCAGCUAAGAAGCAUCCAUCCUACACCAGUUCUGCUGUUAUCAUGGCAAAAGGUGAACAGCCCAUCCCGGGUCUCAUCUGUUAUUCCCAUCACGCAGCAGGCAGUGCAGGAGAACCGAUUCCAGACUCCAUCAUUUCUCGUGGUGUUCAGGUGCUCCCACGAGACACAGCUUCCCUCAGCACUACCCCUUCAGAAUCUCCUCGUGCCCAGGCCACCUCUCGUCUCUCCACUGCGUCCUGCCCAACACCAAAAUACCUACAGGGAAUGAGCAACUCUGACAGAUUGGAUCAGCUCCAGGCAGUUGACUCCAUGGGAGAGGAAUCUCAUCCUUCAAGUUUUCACAAGCAUUUGCCGCAAUUUAAGGUUUCUCCCUCCUCCCCCAAGAAGAUAGUUUUUGAUCUUCCACCAGACUUCAUCCCAAUGGUCCAGUCCAGGUGCAGCAGCAAGGAGAACAUCCUCAGAGCCAGUCACAGUGCCGUCGACAUUACCAAGGUGGCCAGAAGACAUCGCAUGUCACCAUUCCCAUUGACAUCUAUGGACAAAGCCUUCAUCACAGUUCUGGAGAUGACCCCAGUGCUCGGAACAGAAAUCAUCAAUUACCGAGAUGGAAUGGGCCGAGUUCUUGCUCAAGAUGUUUAUGCAAAAGACAACCUACCCCCCUUCCCAGCAUCAGUAAAAGAUGGAUACGCUGUCAGAGCUGCUGAUGGCCCUGGGGAUCGAUUCAUCAUUGGGGAAUCCCAAGCUGGUGAGCAGCCAACUCAGACUGUGAUGCCUGGUCAGGUAAUGCGGGUUACAACAGGUGCUCCAAUACCUUGUGGUGCUGAUGCUGUGGUGCAAGUAGAAGACACAGAACUCAUCAGGGAAUCAGAUGAUGGCACUGAAGAGCUAGAAGUACGAAUUCUGGUGCAGGCUCGACCAGGCCAAGAUAUCAGACCUAUAGGACACGACAUUAAAAGAGGUGAAUGUGUGCUGGCUAAGGGAACCCACAUGGGUCCAUCGGAAAUUGGUCUCUUAGCAACUGUUGGGGUAACGGAAGUAGAAGUUAACAAGUUUCCAGUCGUUGCAGUCAUGUCAACAGGGAAUGAGUUGUUGAAUCCUGAGGAUGACCUCUUACCAGGAAAGAUCCGAGAUAGUAACCGUUCAACUCUCCUAGCUACAAUUCAAGAACACGGCUACCCAACAAUCAACUUGGGAAUUGUGGGAGAUAAGAGUGAAAAUGAGUUCUGCUUUUGAGAGCUCUAGCAGAAAUGUUUGCAGCCUUUGGUGCAAAAGGUGCUCGAUGUGCCAAUGUGAAAUCCAGAGCUUCCUUGUCAGGAGCACCAAUUCUCAGGAUGCAAGCUUGUGCCUCAGUACAAAAAGUGGUCCAGCUGUGCCAAGAGGACCACUGAUACAGGACAAGAGGAAUGCUCAGCUGGUACACAGUACUUUGUGGCAGCCUCAUAGAAGAUUAUGACUGAUCAUGGUGGCUGAGUAUAUACUAAGUCUCUGGAAUCAUCAGCCCUGUCUCUGGACAUGAAUAUGUAUGUGGGAGGGGGAGUGAGAGAAUCUGGAGAUUUCAGUAAAAGGCUGUCUGAAAUCAAAUGCAUGGGAAGAUUCAUCUGAUGCCAAAUACAUAUUCUGUAUGGAGGAGCACCAAGAAGGUAACUCUUCAUGGGAUAAUACCACCUUUCCCUAGUUUUUCUGACAUAAAUCCAAGAUGGAUGAUUUUUAGUUUAAUUACAGUACUGCGCCCCAGAAUCCAAUGCUGUGCCUUUGGAUUCAUUCAAAAUAAGUGUUUACCGGUCUGUAAUUACAACCCUUCAGAUCACGUACUGCCAAGACUUCAUAGUCAACGGUCAGAUGAAAUUAUCAAAGAAAGACUUUACUCUGGUCAGUUUUCUUCAUCCUUCCUGCAGUCUAAUCCAGAAAGGUGAAGAUUUAGCUUGGGCAGCUUUUGAUGUGAGUGAUAUGAUUUCAGAGACUACUGCCUAGAGGUGGAUGCCCACAAGUUUGCUUUGCCGCAGACGUCUGAAUGCCAGCAAGAGUUCCAGAGAGAGCCCAAGGAUCUAUCAUACACUCGAGAGAAUUUGUUUUGGGGAUCAAAUGGAACCUCACUGCAGAAGACAAAGAAAACAAUGGCUGUAUUGGGUUCUCUUGGACCUGUGUCUUCUCCUUUCGGUCCCUUGUUCAAGGGAGGAAACGGAAAGUCUCCACUUUAAAACCCAGGUGUCGCUUAAUUUUUCUUUUAGCCCCAUACUGUCCCAGACAGGUAUGACUCUAAAAUCUUUUCCCAUUGGCUAAAGGGGAUUCCAUCAAACUGAGAUUCUGACCUCAGAUCAUCAUGCAAAACCAUUGCGCCUCACUCAGUCCCAAUCAGGAAGCCCUUGUCCUGUCAGGAUAGAGCUUCGUAUGCACAGUGUGUCUGAGCAGGUGAUUCAUGUCCUGCUGCCAUCAUGGAAACCUUUUGCAAGGACCUAUGAUUCCAAAUAGAAAAAAAAUUUGCAAUGUGAUAUAAUUUGGCCCUGGGGAACCUCUUUACUUUUCAAGCACAAAAGUUGUUUGUCAGAACCUAGCUUAAAACAAAGUAAACUCUAUCCAGGUAUGUCUCACAGCUAUUUAGGUCUCUCAGUCAAAGGUAAACAAAUGUCUCUGCAGCCCGUUACUCUCAAGUUCAUGAAAGGCUUGACACAUUUGAACUCUCCCCAUUAAAAAGCCCCUUGCAUCUUGGGAUAAUAAUAUGAUCCUCACUAAGCUGAUGAAGAUCUGUUUCAACCACUGAGUUUGAUACUUGGACAGUCAUUUUUCUGGAGGCAGUCAGGCCCAUCAAGAGAAAUUUGGGGCCCCAGUACAUCAUGUUUGCUGUGUCCCCCCCACCUCCUCCCACUUCAACCUAUUUACAGGCAUUUUGAGUGGGCCCCUGAGUGCAGGACCCCAGUACAAUUGUUCCCCCUUUUCUCCACUCUGAUCAGCCCUGGAGGCAGUUUGUACAGCCUAAAGAAUUAAUGAGCUUCCAGAUCUAGAGUGUGACUACUGAACUUAUUUUUAUUAUUUGUUGCUGUGGACUCAUCUGAGAGUCCUCACCAAGUAAUGUUAGAAUUCCACUUAAAUGAGCCUAUCGUCCUUAUAACAUUAUUUCCACACCAAAUGCCCAUCCUUGGGAAGGCUUUUUCUGUAUAUUUGUCAAAAUGUCCUUGGGGUUCUACUGGGGUCAAACAAUUGACUCAACUGUUUUUUUUUAAACAUUUUAUGCUAAUUCAUGAUGCAGUGCUGUUACCAAGAAGACCGUGUCUACAUGGGUAUUUGAGUUGUUUCCUUUUGUAAUGACAUGGUCUGACUUAACCCUGGAAGGCCAUGUCAAGGCACAUUUGGUCCUAGGCAAGAUUGUCACUACUGUCUGUUUCAGAGGCCUUGUUUAGAGCAGGAUUUUGAUGUGUUAGCUAACACAUGUUAAUAGCCUAAUGUAGACAAGGCAAAUAUGCCUUUAAUGUAUUUAGUUGGUCUAGUUAAAGCCUAGGCUCCCUCAUAUCUAAAGUACAAGGGUUUAUAUAUAUAUCACAUAAUAAAAUCCUGGGAGAUAUCUUUAGAGAGAGGAAAUUCCAUCUGCUUCUUUGAAGAGAUUAUUGUGACACAAUUCUCCCUUCAUGUUUUGGUAAUUAUAUUCUUUUAGUGUUUCCCUGCUUACACCUAAUUACUAUUUUUUUUUCUUUUUCUGGGGCAAACUUUUUUAACUUGAAUAAUUUUUGAAUUAUCUUAUCAUCAUGGGAGCUUCACUUCCUAUGCAACUGAAGGAACUGAUUGGAAGGUUUAGAGGGCAACAUUUAUGUACUGCAGGGUGUGGCACAUAACAUGCAGUAGGGGGCAUAGAUCUUAAUGUAACUCGUUAAUGGUGCUCUCCAAGAUCAGAAUUCUUUAAGGGCUGUAGAAGUUCUACCAACCUCAUACUAAGGAGCUAAAAAUCAAGUGUGAGAAUCCUUUUAGAAUGAUAUCUGCAGAGAAACAGUUUUACGGGUAAGUAUUUUUCUCUUUCAUCUCAAUUCUCUGAACCAUUCACAGGUGUUAAUUUAACAAAAUAGCUCAUCCAGGUUAAGGAUAUUCCUGGUGGCAGCUACUUCAUAGCCCAAUACUGUAUGGUGCACAUAUGCACAUUCCAGUCAAAUAUUUGAAAGGAUCAGGAGACACUUGAACAUCAUGAUAGUCACUGUAGAGCACUUAGGAGCACUUUAAAAUCAUUCUUAUCACAUGUACAGUUUUCAGUUGUCCACUCAGAAUUGGACGUAAAGCCACACAGAGUACUUUGCCACUUACUCUAUCUUUUGACUUUAAAUCUAUACCUACAUUUUAUUUAUUUUCAUUAUUUCAUUAUUUAUUUCAAUAUUAUUGUUAAAACAAUUUCUGAGCUUCUCUCCAUUGCUUGUGUCCAUUCUCUUGGCCUACAUAUAAGGCUCGGUAUGCAAAAAUUCAAAAUAUCAAUUCACAAAACAUGUCUACCUACAGUGAAAGUCCAGGAAGUCUGGAAUACAAGAGAAGAAGGACCAGCCUGGAGAAUGAAGUGGGGCUGAACCUAGACUAAAAGCUAAACCUCCCUCCCAAUACAUGAAACAAUAUUGUUUGAGGAGCAGACAUUUCAAAAGUUAUUCUGAGAGGUGAGGCAGAAUGGAAAGAAAUUCCUGCAAGACAAACCCAAACACAGACCCACACAGCAACAAAGCCCAGAAGCCUUGAAUUCUUUAUGUUUAGUUCUUGACCUGGUUUCCUACAUCUCCAGUCCUCUGGUUUCCCAGAUCCACUUCUUGCUAACAUAGUCUAAGGGUGACCUUCAUGCUGAAAGUGAUACACAAAUGUUAUUUUUGACUAUUUUCUUCUGCAUGAACAGGGUCAAAACAGGCUUAUAGUUGCAUUUCAUUUGCUCAUAAUCUAUGAAAUUGUAAUCUGAUUCUGUGGGAAACUAUUAUUAAAAAUAUGUGCAUCUUUGUUUUGAGUAGCUGAUCUCCAUUAAUUAUUUAUCAUGGAAUUUUUGUGUGUGUUUGCUGUUUUUAAAAGUUUUGUUCAUGGCCUUCCUUGUAUUUACUUUCUGUAAAAGUUGUAUGGCUUAGCUCUGGGGAAAUGUGCAAUAAAUUAGGCCAGUGUUGCAAAGGGGUUUUUUAACAUAACCACGCUCCAUUUUUAGAAGUUCUUCUGGGGGAGCCCCUUUAAAAUAGUUUACUGAUGGACCUCUGACUCUUAGCCUCUGUGCCUGGUGAGUUUUAAUUUCCUUUCCUGUUGUUUACCUCUCUUGUUUACAUGAGUAAAUUUGCCCCGUCUAUGGGUUCUUUUCCAAACUCUGUUGUUUCCCCUGAUCGUUUUACACUGUAGCAGCUGUGUAAUGUUAAUUGCUUUCAUCUGUAUUUUAUCCUGCAAUCAUGAAGGUUCAUAAUGGAGAGAGAGGAAAUUGCUACAGAAUUUAACCAGACACUUCAUAAACUUUACAUUAAAUGCGCCUUGUUGAGUUACUAAAAAAUAUUGCACAUAUUUCUUAUCAGAAUAGUCAUAAAUUCACAGGCAGCCUGUCUUUCUUUUACUUUGUGUGAAGAAUCAGCAUAUAGUUUUUUUUGUGUCAGAAGUAAUUAUUUCCAGACUGAUGAUAUAGUUCUAUAGUGACACAUCAUUUGACAUAAAGCUCCCAAGGGACAUCUAAAUCUUAAAAAUCAUCCUUGCUAUUAUGACAGCAUCACUUUAUGAUAUUGCCAGAACAAAAGCUUUGAAAAACCUCCUUCUGUGUUUUAAAAAGGAUACCAAAGCCUGACUCGUAUCAGGAUUUUAGAAUACUUAAAUGUUACGCUUGCCAUCCAGGAGGUCUAAACCUUUUGUAGCUGUGUCUGAUGCAUAUAAUUACCAAAUUUUAAUUCACAGACCGUGAAGAUCACUCAGGGGUGUGUGGGAUAUUUUAAGGCACCUGUCACUUUGGAAUAUAUAUCCCGCUGGGGUUAAGCAUACAUACAGAAUGUGGCAGCAGAACUGUAGGAUCUUGUCUGCACUAAAUAUUAGUCUGAUGUCCACAUAAGACAAAAUUAAAUAGGUAUUCCAACUAGUAUGAUAUUUAUGAGUAUGAUUAAACAAGGGCUACUACCAUCUGUUAGACUUAGUGGGGAGGCAGGAAUUCAAGUGCUGAGUUGUUAGUUUCUACAGAAGUGUCUUCACUUCUAGAUCUGCUCAAGCAACAUGCAGGUUUCAGAGUGGUAGCUGUGUUAGU